AUGGACCCUCACGACCGCUACGGCUAUGAACAGGCGCUGUCUGCGAGGAUGGAGAAGAUCGACUAUGAAGAUGAGGACUAUGGAGUAUAUGGCUUCUGGCCCUACAAUUUCCCAGACCCAAUCCUCAGGGAGCAAAUAUCCACGCUGCACUUGGAUGAACACGGCAUUCAUGGCCACAGACUAAGUGGCGAGGUGUUGUUCGAGAUUCAGCAGAGUCGUCCGCAGCCUGAGCUGUUCACUGCUGGAAUGUUGUUGGAGCUGAUUGAAGAGGAGACAGGGUGCCAGGGCGGAGUUCUGCUCCGUGAUGGCAGCGAGCUAUCAAUGUCCGACCCUGUCGGUGGAGAAGGGGUUCUGACACUGAAGCAGACAAUUCGAGACUGUCGACCCGUCCUGUGCCGAAAGACCGAUUGCGAUCGCUGUGCUUUGGGAGAAGGGGGGUUUCGCCCAGACCUCAGCGAUGUCACGGAACCCGUCCAGGCACUAAAGGAGUGGCGGACAUGGGUGACAGGCUCGACAGAAACGGCGGGUAGACCUCGUCAGAACGAGUUUGUGCUGGUCUAUACCAAAUACGAAGUCGUAGCCUAUCAACAAAGCGAUAGCGAUGAUGGAAAGCCGUUGAAGCCGUUCGGAUACUUCCCGCAGGCACCUCUUUGGAAGCUCCCGGCAGGAACAAGGCGAUGGGGAGGUGCCAGAAGUGACGUUUGGAGUACUUGCCUAAAGUUGCCUGUGAGACAGCUAUUGGAUGAGCAUGCAGCCUUAACAGCCGACAGGCCGAUACCACGCUACCAGAUGAUCGUGGAUCCCAACCAGUUCGUUCACGAGACGUUUGUGGGUCCCAUGUGGGUGCCGUGCGAGUUUGAUAUUUCUGCAGAUGGCACUCCAUCAUUGGUGGGUGGUGCGCGAAGUCAUGCGUAUCCACACCUUGCCCAGCAUGCUGCCCUUCCGGUCCUUUCUGCAGCCCUGCCCUUGUUGGCGAAGCUGCGGCGACCGCAGCUUCUCCUGGAUGAUCGGCGGCUGCAAGUUGUGUUCAAGGCACAGCGCAUAAUUGUUCCAGGAAGGAGGGGUGACAACUCGGAUGCAGAGUACGUCGGUCUGUGGCAUGUCGAUGGGCUCAGAGAAAACGUAGCUGCUGUCGUGUUGUACUACUACCAUGUUGACUCUUCUCUUCGUGGUGGUGACAUGGAGUUCUGUGGCCGUGAGCCCAUGGAUGUGUUGGGCUGGGGCGACUGCACCAAUAACGUCAAAGGUUUGGGAUCGGAGUCCCUUCGGCAGGCCUUGCGAGGUGGAGGCACGAGUGACAAGUCUGCAGCGGUGCACAGCUGUCGAGUUCCUAUUGGUCAGGGCACUCUUCUGGUGUUUUCCAACUACCAAAUGGCGCACCGGGUUCUGAGGCUAAGAAACACCGGUUCGACAGAGGCCUCGCGAGACUUUGUGGCACUGUUUGUCCUGGACCCGUCCGCGCCGGCCCUCCUGCCCGCAAGAAGCAUUCUGGCGGCGCCGCACUUGCUGAGACGGACCUUGGCUCCCGUACAGAUUUCAGAGUCAGCCAUCCAGAACGUGCUGGAGUUCCUGGGCGUCUCGCAAACCGACGUCGUGCGGAAGAUACGGCGCAAUCAGCUACUGUCAGAGCAGUUGAAGCCAUCCGGGUAUUUCGAUUGUCAGGGGAAUGUUUAUGCCACCGGGAACGGAUGCUUUACCAUGAUCGGGUGGCUGCCCAACGUGCUCGAGGACAAUGAAGGCUUCGCGCGCCUGACGGCGCUGAAUCUGCCUCGCAGUGAAGAACCCUGGAUUAUGAAUCCGGAAGGCUUCGCGCGCCUGGCAGCGCUGAAUCUGCGUCCCGAGGGUUCCGACCGCGGCCUUUCCGAGGUGCUCUCGCUGCCUUCAGCAGAGCUGCAGCAAAGGCUCGAGGCAGCUGGAGGGCCGCGCAUAGAAGUCAGGAAGCAAGAUCCCAUGGGCCGCUCUGAGGAAAGGGGGACGCACACACAGGCGGCAACGGCAAAGGAAAGGGAGAAGGACACAAACGCGGCAAAGGCAAAGGAAAGGAAGAAGCAGACAAAGACCGUCAAGUAUGGACGAAAGGGAAGGCUUUGA